AUGGAGACCCUAGGUGCUAUCAUUGGUGUCUUCGUAUUGACGAUCCUUCUGAAAUGGAGGUUCGAUCCGCUCUACUCCAUCCCGGCGAUCGGGCCAUCCUUUCCUGUGCUGUCAUACAUAGGUGCUUACCGGUAUUGCACGAAUACUCGUGCAGUCCUUGAAGAAGGCUAUUCCAAGUAUAAUGUCUUUAAAGUUGCGAUGCUCGACCAGUGGCUCGUCGUCGUGAGUGGUGCCGACUUGAAUGAAGAGCUAUCCAAGGUCCCGGAGUCGUAUGCGACCUCUCACAAGGCAGCUCAAGACCUUUCUCAACUACGAUACACCUUCUCUGAGAGUGUCGCUGACCAACCCAUUCAUGUCACUACCAUUCGCGGCCCUUUAACAAAGAACCUGGGUAUUAUCUUCGAUGAUGUCGUAGACGAGGUCCAUGCUGCAUUUGCUGACACCAUCGGGAGCAAGAUGCAGGGGGAUGAUUGGAUUAGCAUAGCCCCUAUGACGGUUAUGUCGGUCAUUAUCUCUCGCGCCAGCAAUCGUGUUUUUGUCGGUCUUCCCUUGUGUCGGAACGAAGAUUACCUGAACAUUGUUCGCGGGUUCACCUUUGAUGCGUUGAAUGCACGCUUCAUCCUUAGUCUGUUCCCCAAAUCAAUGAAGGGUAUUAUUGGCCCGUUCAUCCCCUGGGCACGCAGAGCAACUCGGAAGGCAUCCGUGUACAUCCGGCCCAUCAUUGAAGAUCGGAUUAACAAGCUGAGGGAACUGGGCGAGAAAUGGGCGGACAAACCGAAGGACUAUAUUACGUGGGCAAUGGAAGAGGCUGAACGAGAGGGCCAGCCUACCCAAGUUGUUAUCGAAAGCCUCAUGUUCGCGAACUUUGCUGCUAUACACACAUCCAGCAAGAGCAUGACACAAGCGCUGUAUCACCUCGCAGAGUGCCCCGUACUUGCUGCGCCUUUGCGUGAGGAGGUCGAGGAAGUGAUCAGGGAUCACGGCUGGACCAAGGUUGCGAUGAGCAAGAUGUGGAAGCUCGACAGCUUCAUGCGCGAGUCGCAGCGCUUCAACGGCAUCACCCAUAUCGCUAUCAUGCGGAAGACGUCGCAGGACACGACCCUCUCCGACGGGACGGUCAUACCCGCCGAGACCCUUGUCGCGGGCGCGUCGACGGCGACACAUCACGAUGCGCGCAACUACGAGAAUCCCACAGUGUUCGACCCGUUCCGCUUCGCGAAUAUGCGCGCGGAGGACGAUGCGCACAUCAAGCAUCAGUUCGUCAGCACCUCACCAGGAUAUGUAGCCUUCGGGCAUGGGAAAUACGCUUGCCCGGGCCGAUUCUUCGCGGUAAACGAGCUGAAGGUUAUGAUGGCGUAUAUUUUGCUACACUACGACGUCAAGUUCAAGCCUGGGCAGGAGAGGCCAGAGAACUCGUCGCGCUGGCAUGUCGUCGUCCCGGGACAUGCGGAUGUGCUCUUCAAAAAGCGACUACCGGUGCCUGCUUGA